AUCGCCACAAGUUAUCGUUCUUCAACUUCUCAAGAAACCGUUAAAGUGGAUUCGGCGGUUUGCGCAUUGGUAUUGCCGGAAUGACGAGACUCGCGCAUUCGUCCCUUGCGGGGCAGAAAAAUGUCGAGCCCUUGCUUAAGCCUCAUGGCGAACUGAUCGCAAACUUCCUUUCCUGACCGAAUUGUUAUCUUUUGGCCUACUGACUUGACAAAUUCAGCAAAAUGUCGCCCACGAUCACUAAGAAAAAGUGCGGUGUCCUCGGAGCUACUGGCUCUGUUGGCCAGCGAUUCAUCCUCCUCCUCGCAGAGCACCCUCUCUUGGAACUCCACGCCCUCGGUGCAUCUGAGCGCUCUGCCGGCAAAGCAUACAAGGAUGCUGUUAAGUGGAAGCAGGCCAGACCUAUUUCUGAGGCCCUGGGUAACCUUGUAAUCCGCGACUGCAAGGCCGAGAGUUUCAAGGAUUGCGAUCUCGUCUUCUCCGGGUUAAACAGCGACAUCGCCGGCGAUACUGAGAUGGAAUUCAUCAAGGCCGAGAUCCCCGUCUUCUCGAACGCUAAGAACUACCGCAAGCAUCCCACCGUUCCUCUCGUCGUCCCUACCGUGAAUCCUCAACACAUGGACUUGAUCCCGCACCAGAGACAACAGUUUGGUUUGAAGAAGGGAUUCUUGGUUUGCAACUCAAACUGCGCUGUUAUCGGUGUUGUUAUCCCGUUCGCCGCCCUCCAGGCCAAGUUCGGCCCCGUCGAGGAGGUGGAAGUCUUCACAGAGCAGGCUGUGUCAGGUGCAGGAUAUCCUGGCGUUUCGAGCAUGGACAUCGUGGACAACGUCAUUCCUUACAUCAGUGGUGAGGAAGACAAGCUUGAGAACGAGGCGCAGAAAAUCCUGGGUUCUCUGAACGCAGAUGCUACCGCUUUUGAAGAGCAGUCCAGUCUGCGGAUUGGCGCUACUUGCACCCGUGUGGGUGUUACCGACGGCCACAUGGCUUUCGUUUCCCUGCGUUUCAAGAACCGUCAGGCACCAAGCGCAGAGGAGGUCAAGCAGGCUUUGAGAGAAUACCAGUCCGAGGCCCAGAAGCUGGGCUGCCCAUCUGCUCCUGAGCAGGCCAUCAGAGUGUUCGAUGAACCCGACCGUCCGCAACCAAGACUCGACCGUGACAUCUCUAGAGGAUACACUGUUAGCGUCGGACGUGUCCGUGAUGGACUGCCAGGUGGCUACUUUGAUUUGAGAUUUGCUGCUCUCUCUCACAACACUGUCAUCGGUGCUGCGGGAUCGUCUAUCCUCAACGCCGAAGUCGCUGUUAUCAAGGGCUACAUCUAAGUGAUAUCCAAAAAGUAUAGAUCUAGCAGUUUAGAUGGCGUUAAUUACCAUUUCUUUUGUACAGCAAAGAUUGACCAUCGAUAAUCUCCUGUUUAGGUUAGCGUAUAUUACAUAAUCUUACAGGAUCCAUAGGAAUAAGAGUCUGGAUAGGUACUAGCGCUAGGGCUCACUCCACAAGCACUGUCCGCUAAGCGAGAAUUGGAUUAUCAGCGCUGAACUCCCGACUCGGCCUGGUUUUUCCCAUCGCGACACUACGACAACUAACCCGGUCAAGUCGACAAAGCAGUCAAGAUGCCUCGCGGACC